AUGUAUUUAAAUUCUAAGCUUAUAAAUAAUGAAAUACAUAACGUGUUUAAAUUAGUUAAGACUGUACCUAAUCUUAAAAGAGCAUCAGAGUUUUAUAAAAAUAUUUUAGGUGCUGAUAAUGUUAGUGAAGCUGUGCCACAACCAGAACAUGGAGUGUAUACAGUAUCUGUAAAUCUAGGCAACAUUAAAAUUGAACUUUGGCAUCCAUAUGGUGAUAAAUCACCAAUUCAAAAUUUUUUAGAUAGAAAUAAAAAUGGUGGAAUACACCAUGUUUGUAUUGAGGUUGAAAACGUUACAGAAGCUAUAAAAGAUUUAACAUCAAAAGGUAUUAAAACUUUAGAUACUAAACCGAAAAUUGGUGCACAUGGCAAUCCCAGUUGUUUAUUACAUCCAAAAAGUUGCAACGGAAUGGGAAUGUUGGUAGAAUUAGCAGAAAUUAAAAAAAAUUAA